AUGCUUAAUGAAAUCGAAUGCACGGCACAUCUCUCACGGAUUGAUCAACGCUUAGAGCUUUUAGCUUUUAUCAUUUAUUUACUCCUUGAGAAUUUUCGUUCUAAGGAGGUUUCUAUCAAACUAUUUCAGAUCCAGAACAAUGACUUAUGUUCUGUUUUGAUGGCGAAUGGAACUUGUGUUGGAACCGUGUGUUGUAAAUAUGAAAUAGUCGGUUGCUCAAAAACUCUGUAUAUAAUGUCGCUAGGAGUUCAUCCGUUAUAUCGUUGCCGUGGAUUAGGGGGAAAACUCCUUGAUUUUGUCACUUCAAAAGCCGGCGACAUUUCUGCUUCCAUAAUUAAACUUCAUGUGCAGGUGAACAAUUCAGUUGCUAUAGAAUUUUAUACGAAGCGGGGCUUUGCUAUUACUGAGACCAUCCCGAACUAUUAUCACAGGUGUACCCCUGCCGAUGCCUAUGUUAUGCAUAGAGUGUUGUAA